AUGUCUCUCUCUAGCAAGCUCUCCAUCACCGACGUCGACGUCAAGGGCAAGCGCGUCCUCAUUCGGGUCGACUUCAACGUGCCCCUCGACGGCACCACCGUCACCAACCCGCAGCGCAUCGUCGGCGCCAUCCCGACCAUCAAGCAUGCCCUCGACCACGGCGCCAAGGCCGUCGUCCUCAUGUCCCACCUCGGCCGCCCCAACGGCCAGGUCAACGCAAAGUACUCGCUCAAGCCCGUCAUUCCGGUGCUCGAGAAGCAGCUCGGCAAGACGGUCACGUUUGCGCCCGACUGCGUCGGCCCCGAGGUCGAGAAGAUCGUCAACGGCGCGGACAACGGCGCCGUCAUCCUGCUCGAGAACCUGCGCUUCCACAUUGAGGAGGAGGGCAGCGCCAAGGACGCCGAUGGCAACAAGACUAAGGCCGACAAGGCCAAGGUGGACGAGUUCCGCAAGGGCCUCACCGCUCUCGGUGACGUCUACGUCAACGACGCCUUCGGUACCGCCCACCGCGCCCACUCCUCCAUGGUCGGCGUCCAGCUUCCCCAGAAGGCUGCCGGUUUCCUCAUGAAGAAGGAGCUCGACUACUUCGCCAAGGCCCUCGAGUCGCCCGAGCGCCCGUUCCUCGCCAUCCUCGGCGGCGCCAAGAUCUCGGACAAGAUCCAGCUCAUCGACAACCUGCUCGACAAGGUCAACACGCUCAUCGUCUGCGGCGGCAUGGCCUUCACCUUCAAAAAGGUCAUCGACGGCAUGAAGAUUGGCAACUCGCUCUUCGACGAGCCCGGCUCCAAGACGGUGCCGCAGCUGAUGGACAAGGCCAAGGCCAAGAACGUCAAGGUUGUGCUGCCGACCGACUUCGUCAUCGCCGACAAGUUCGACAAGGACGCGGCCGAGGGCUACGCGACCGACAAGGAUGGCAUCCCCGACGGCUGGAUGGGUCUCGACUGCGGCGCCGAGUCGGUCAAGCUGUUCCGCGCGGCCAUCGACGAGGCCAAGACGAUCCUGUGGAACGGCCCCGCGGGUGUCUUCGAGUUUGACAAGUUCGCCAAGGGCACCAAGGCGACGCUGGACGCGGCCGUCGACGGCUGCGGCAAGGGCAAGAUUGUCAUCAUCGGCGGCGGCGACACGGCCACCGUCGCGGCCAAGUACGGUGUCGAGGACAAGCUCAGCCACGUCUCCACCGGCGGCGGCGCCUCGCUCGAGCUGCUCGAGGGCAAGGAGCUGCCCGGCGUCACGGCUCUGUCGAGUAAGUAA